GUGUUUCAUGUGUUGACACCAAAGAAAAAGGCACGAAAAAGAAAAAACAAGAGACAUUCUUGGAUGAAAAUGAAAGCCGGAGCAAAUUCCCGAACUCGUCGCUCUCUCCCUCUCUCCCCACUCUCCACCUGUUUCCCCUCUCUCUCUCCCCACCUAUACAUGCAAUUCAUCACCCACACGAUCCACUCUCUUCUCCUCCCUCAUGAACUCUCAUGGCCGCCCGAUUCCCCUCGCUUCUCUUCCUCCUCUUCUUCUUCGCUGCUGCUGCUUCCACUCCACCCGCACUCGCCUCCCGCGCCGCCGAUUUCAACAUCCUCGACUACCCUCGCUCCCCCAAACUCUUACGCGGCAAAGGCUACACCCCUCCGCCGCCUCCUCCUCCGUCGCCGCCGCCGCACCCGCCGCCCCUCACCUGCGACGAUUUGAAGGGCAUCGGCUCGCUCAACACCACCUGCGAGCUCAAUUCCAACUUGAAUUUCACGGAUAAUGUCUACAUCGAAGGAAGGGGCAAUUUCUACGUUUUGCAAGGGGUGGAGCUGAUUUGCCCUAUAGUCGGUUGCUCGAUUGUGAUUAAUGUCACGGGGGAGGUUAUACUGAAAUCCUUCGUGGAAAUCGUCGCCGGCUCGGUUUAUAUAGUCGCCGGCAACGCGAGUGUGUCGGGGGGUUCGUUGAUUAAUGUGACGGCGAGAGCUGGAUCGCCGCCGGAGCCGGCUACGGGGACGCCGGACGACCCGCAGGGAGGCGGCGGGGGGCAUGGGGGGAGGGGGGCGAGCUGCGUGAUGGAUAAUAAGAAGCUGCCGGAGGAGAUUUGGGGCGGGGAUUCCUACGCGUGGGAGUCUUUGGAUAGGCCGUGGAGCUAUGGAAGUAAAGGGGGUACGACGAAGAGAGAGGAAGAAUAUGGAGGGGGUGGGGGUGGGAGGAUUUGGUUGGAGGCGGCUGAGCUUAUCGAGAUGCGUGGAACACUUUUGGCGGAUGGGGGGGAUGGUGGGGUUAAAGGAGGUGGAGGCUCCGGUGGUAGCAUUUAUAUCACCUCAAAGAAAAUGACAGGAAGUGGCACAAUAAGUGCGUCUGGAGGUGACGGAUUUGCUGGAGGUGGUGGUGGAAGAGUAUCUGUUGAUGUCUUCAGCAGGCACGAUGAACCCGUAUUCUUGGUACAUGGGGGAAGAAGCUUUGGCUGCCCCAUGAAUGCAGGUGCUGCUGGGACAUUCUUUGAUGCUGUUCCUCGACGGCUUAUAAUCAACAACCACAAUAUAUCAACAGACACUUACACACUUCUUUUGCAAUUCCCGAACCAGCCACUCUGGACAAAUGUUUAUGUUCAAAAUCGUGCUCAAGCAACUGUUCCUUUAUUAUGGAGUCGUGUUCAGGUAAGAGGACAACUUAGUUUGUCGCACGGAUCAACCCUGAGCUUUGGACUAGUCCAUUAUGCUUUCUCGGAGUUUGAACUGAUGGCUGAAGAGCUUCUAAUGAGUGACUCAAUAAUAAAGGUCUAUGGGGCCUUGCGAAUGUCUGUCAAAAUCCACUUAAUGUUAAAUUCCAAAAUGCUUAUAGCUGGUGAGAGUGAUGCGAUUGUUGCAACUUCCUUGCUUGAAGCCAGCAAUUUAGUUGUUCUUAAGGGGUCAUCAAUGAUACAUUCAACUGCUAAUUUAGGGCUUCAUGGACAAGGGUCACUCAACUUAUCGGGGCCAGGAGAUGUUAUUGAAGCUCAGCAUUUGGUUUUAUCCUUAUUUUAUGCCAUCAGUGUUGGCCCUGGAUCUGUUCUGCGAGGUCCCUUGAAAAAUGCAAGUGAUAGUGCCAUGGCACCGAGGCUUUACUGUGAACAUAAUUACUGCCCUGUUGAACUCCUUCACCCACCUGAGGAUUGCAAUGUGAAUGCUUCGUUAUCCUUUACACUCCAGAUAUGUAGAGUUGAGGACAUUGUAGUAAAAGGUUAUAUAGAAGGUUCUGUUGUUCAUUUUCACAUGGUUAGAACUGUGGUGGUGGAAUCUUCUGGUUCAAUAAGUGCAUCUGCACUUGGUUGCUCUGGCGGAUUGGGCCAUGGUGAACUUCUGCCUAAUGGUCUUGGUAGUGGUGCUGGACAUGGUGGUAGAGGAGGGGAUGCCUAUUUUGAUGGAACUUAUAUCAGAGGUGGUAGUUCAUAUGGCAAUGCUGAGUUGCCCUGUGAACUUGGUAGUGGAAGUGGGAAUGCGAGUCUAAGUGGUGUAUCUUCUGGAGGUGGCAUUAUUGUGAUGGGUUCUUUACAGCAUUCGUUGACCAAAUUGGUUGUUCAUGGAGAUAUUGAAGCUAAUGGAGAAAGUUAUGGGAAAUAUAUUAAAGAUGGUGGGUAUUUUUCAGAUAUAGGCCCAGGGGGUGGAUCUGGAGGAACUAUACUUCUGUUUCUCAGUAAUCUCAUCCUUCAUAAGACUUCUACCAUUUCAAUAUGUGGAGGGCAUGGUCCCCCUAAUGCUGGUGGUGGAGGAGGUGGACGGGUUCACUUUCAUUGGUCUGACAUUUCUGUUGGAGAUGAAUUCUUGCCAAGGGCACUUGUCAGAGGAACUAUUGAUGUCAGUGGAGGGAUUGGUAGAGGUCUGGGCCAAGAAGGCGAAAAUGGGACUCUGAGUGGAAAAGCCUGUCCGAAAGGCCUUUAUGGGACAUUUUGUCUGGAAUGCCCUCUUGGGACGUAUAAGAAUGAGACUGGGUCUGACAGAGACCUUUGUAUUGAUUGCCCAUCAGAUGAGCUUCCACAUCGUGCUGUAUAUGUUCCUGUUCGAGGAGGUGUCAUGGAGACACCAUGUCCAUACAAAUGUGUGUCUGAGAGAUUCAAGAUGCCUCAUUGUAAUACAGCACUUGAAGAGCUAAUAUAUACUUUUGGAGGGCCUUGGUUAUUUGGUUUCAUACUCUUCAGUCUCCUCAUCCUCUUAGCACUUAUUCUAAGUGUUGCUAGGAUGAAGUUUUCUGGUGGAGAUGAAUUGCCUGGUUUGGUGCCAAAUCGCCGACGUGCUACAAUCGAUCGCUCAUUCCCUUUUUUGGAGUCACUAAAUGAGGUUCUGGAAACUAGUAGAGUUGAGGAAUCACAAACUCAUGUCCAUCGAAUGUAUUUUCUGGGGGCUAAUACUUUUGGUGAACCUUGGCACCUCCUUCAUUCCCCUCCUAAAGAAAUUAAAGAGAUAGUAUAUGAGGAUGCAUUCAACAUAUUUGUCGACGAGAUAAAUGCAUUAGCUUCUUAUCAGUGGUGGGAAGGGUCGGUUUACGGUGUCCUUCGUAUAAUUGCAUAUCCACUUGCAACAUCAUGGUUGCAAUGGCGCCGAAAGGAAAAAGUACAACAAUUACGCGAAUACGUUCGUUCAGAAUAUGAUCAUGCUUGCUUGCGUUCCUGCCGUUCACGUGCGCUCUAUGAAGGACUAAAGGUUGCUACAAGUUCGGAUUUAAUGUUAGGCUACAUGGAUUUUUUCCUCGGAGGUGAUGAAAAGAGGACUGAUCUCCCUCCUCGACUUUGUCAGAGGUUUCCCCUUUCGUUGGUGUUCGGAGGAGACGGAUCUUACAUGUCCCCUUUCUCUCUUCACAGUGACAAUAUUCUAACUAACCUAAUGAGCCAGUCCCUUCCCCCAACAAUUUGGUACCGACUAGUGGCUGGUCUUAACGCUCAACUUCGAUUGGUUCGUCGCGGACAUCUAAGAGCAACAUUUUAUCCAGUUGUCUCCUGGCUUGGGACACAUGUCAAUGGAAAAUUGCGUGCCCAUGGUGUACAAGUUGGUUUGACUCGCUUUCAACCUUCAGCUAGUGGAUAUUGCCAAUAUGGACUUAUUUUAUGUUCUAUAGAUGAGGAUAUUACUCGCUUAUCUAGUCAAGAGCCAGAUAGGUCUAUAUCGUUUGAGAACCAGUCACGUUUGCCUGCUAAUCGUUGGAAGAAAGCAUUGAAUCUAGUUAAACACAACGAACAUGCUGUUUUGCAAAAGAGGAUAUGCGGAGAAAUUCUACAUUUGAAUAAUGUACAAAAACUUGAAGAAAGUUUAAUGUUAUCUUAUCCUUUCUACUAUAUAAUUCGUAACAUAAUGCCAGUUUGUCAUCAGGAUCUUGUUGGUUUAAUCAUCUCAGUCCUGCUUUUAGGAGAUUUUAGUUUAGUUUUGCUUCUUCUGCUUCAGCUCUAUUCCAUGUCCAUGAUGGUUGUCUUCUUGGCCUUGUCUAUUCCACCACUUGGCUUAAUUCUUCCAUUUCCAACUGGGAUCAAUGCAUUAUUCAGUCACGGACCUAGGCGAUCAGCUGGACUUGCACGGGUAUAUGCUUUGUGGAAUCUGACCUCAGUGAUGAACGUUGUUGUGGCCUUCAUAUGUGGACUAGUUCAUUUCAAAACUCAAUCCUCAGCAAAUAAAAAACAUCCAAACCUUCAGGUUUGGAAUAUUAGCAUGGACGAAAGUGGUUGGUGGAUGCUGCCGUGUGGGCUCCUCAUCUGUAAAGGUCUCCAAGCGCGGCUGAUAGAUUAUCACGUCGCAAACCUCGAGGUUCAGGACAGGUCAUUGUACAGCAGUGACCCUAAUGUUUUCUGGCAGGGAUGAAUGGUUGAAGCAUCAAACUGAGCACUUUUACUCUUUUCUUGUUUUUGUGUGAAGUCUCAUUGCUCCCUGAUUUUAUCAAAUGGUGGGCAGGAGAUGUAUAUAAUCAAUAUAUUUUUUCAUACAUUUUUAAUGCUGCUUCUGCCCUGUGAAUAUGUGCAGCAAUUUUGUUAAUUGAACAGGACUAGGGUAUAUUUUCAAGCUUCAUAUAUAUACAUACAUUUUGUGUAAAGGGGCCAUUUCAAAGUGCAAAAUGUUCAUUAGUUUUGCGAA